GCGCGAAUCAAUCGACGCACCUGCACGUCCGCAUGAAACAAAAACCUCUCAUUUGUUGAAAGAUGUUGCCUCGAAUAGAAGUGACUCCCAGCAUCUUGAUGAACUAUGACAGUGUCGGUGUGGGUGCGAACGGAGGGUGUAUCAACCCGGUGCGAAAUAUUGGGGUUGACCACGCGAGUAAAACAAAGAAGCAGUGCGCGACGCUGCUGUUCAAUUAUUUCAUCAUUUUCACGAGGGCAUGGGGGAUACUCACAGCCAUUGUUAUUUGCAGUAUUGGCGUCGAAGUUGUCUUCUACAGUCACAGCACCGGAUAUUAUUUCAUAGGUGGCGGUCUACUGCUUUUACUCCUGGAGACUGCUUGGGUGAUAGGAGUUUUUCUUCGCAUUUGCAUACGGAAUGAAGAACAUAAAGUGUUUCGGUACUGGUCGGUGGUACAAUGGUUCGAUUGUUGGAAGCGAACGUUGGUUUACGGCCCCCUUGCCGCCCUGCCAAUACUGUUCCCACAUCGAAUGUGGUUAUCGUACGUGGCGGGGGCGCAGUUGAUAGCACUCGCUGUCUUCCAUCUGCUGCUCUCCUUUCGGGGACCAAGGCGGCGUGUGCGCAAGGAGCGACUGUUUAAUCCUGACAUCGAUAGCUACGAAAGUAGUAGAUUUGAAGAUGGAACAGAAGUCUUAGACGAUGUGCUGCCCGAAGCAAUGCCCGGAAGUUCACAUCUGCUGUCAAAUAGCGAAGAUACAACGCUGCAAAUAUGACAUGAGUAUUCCGACAUCUUGCGGCAUCCGGUGGUGGAUUCAGGACAUUGGAGUGAGAUCGACAGUGACGAUGCGCCACUCUAAACGCAUUCAAUUACUUAAAACACACUCAUAACCUAAAAUAUAUUGAAUAAUAAUACCAA